AGUAACGGAUUUUCUUUUCUUUCUUCUUCCGUUAUAAAAGGAAUAUAAUAAUAUUAUAAUAUCAGAUAUUAUCUCAGGAAUAUCAGAUUCCGGCGGUUACACACCGCUGAUGCUUAUAUAUUCGGUGUGCAUUCUGGCAAUAGCAGAGAAAAAAGGCAUUUAGUUGGGUCAAAAAUCGGGUCAAUUUGUUAAUGGAAGCGUUGAGAGCAAACCCAACUGGCCUCAGGGUCUCUCCAUUACAUCUCAAGCCUAGUUUACACAAAUCAGCUGCACUCAUUCGAUUUCCCAGGUCAAUUGGUUACAUUUCUGGAGGGAUUUAUUACUCUUCUAAGCUCCCAAUGCGUAGCUCUGUUCGAGCUCAACAGGAGUUGAAAGAUGGGGCGGAAGUGGUUUCUGGUGGGAGUGAUUCGGAGGGGGAGGAGAUUAAAGUUGAGUGGGAUGGUGCGAAGUAUCAAGAUGAGAUAGCUGAAGCUCAGGGUAUACGGAUUAGAAGGAGGCCUUCGACCGGACCUCCUCAGCAUGCUGUAGGCCCGUUUGAGUUUCGUCUGCAGAAUGCAGGUAAUACUCCUCGGAAUAUUCUCGAGGAGAUUAUAUGGAAUACGGAUGUGGAAGUAUCUCAGAUGAAAGAGAAGAAACCUCUGGGAGCAAUUGCAAAAACUCUUCAGAUUGCCCCUCCAGCUAGAGACUUUGUUGGAGCUCUGAAAUCAUCAUAUUUGCGAACUGGAUUCCCUGCUUUAAUUGCUGAAGUGAAAAAGGCUUCACCUAGUAGAGGAAUUUUAAGAGAAGAUUUUGAUCCGGUUCAAAUUGCUAAAUCUUAUGAGAAAGGUGGAGCAGCUUGUCUUAGUGUUUUGACAGACAAGAAGUAUUUUCAGGGAGGCUUUGAAAAUCUGGAAGCUAUACGGAAUGCCGGAGUAAAGUGCCCACUAUUAUGCAAAGAUUUUAUUAUAGAUGCAUGGCAACUCUACUAUGCCCGAAGUAAAGGUGCAGACGCAGUUUUGUUAAUUGCUGGUGUUUUGCCCGAUCUUGAUAUCAAAUACAUGUCAAAAAUUUGCAAGAAGCUUGGUUUGGCAGCACUUGUUGAGGUACAUAACGAGAGGGAAAUUGAUCGAGUUCUUGAAUUAGACGGGAUUGAGCUUAUUGGCAUCAACAAUCGUGAUCUUGAAACAUUUAAGGUCGACACCAGCAACACCAAAAAGCUUCUCGAAGGUGCCCGUGGACAAAAGAUUCGUGAGAAAGACAUCAUUGUGGUCGGUGAGUCUGGAAUUUUCACUCCCGAUGAUAUUGCUUAUGUACAAGAAGCUGGGGUCAAAGCAGUGCUGGUUGGGGAGUCGCUCGUGAAACAAGAUGAUCCGGCGAAGGGCAUAACCGCACUUUUCGGCAAAGAUAUAGCUUCAUAAGUUACAAAUUUUAAGUUCUGGGCACUGUUUUGCUAUAUGAGUAACUUCAAAGGGGUUUCUUUGCCCAUAUUGUAUUCCAUAAUUUUCAGCUCCACCAUUUCUUGGAUCAUAUCAUUUGGUUCAAGCCCGGUGGCUAAACCAUAAAGAACUAACUUAUAUGAAGUGAUUUCACAUAAAGGAAAUAGUUAUAAUUUUAGUUUCAA